AUGGGCCAAGCCUUGAGUAGCAAUGGUUCUCCAUCUGAAAAUAUCAUACCUGAAACUGUUAGCGCUAUCCAGGACGAAGUUGUAAGGCAAGCCAGAGUUAUCACUGAAAUAGCGGCUUUAAGUUAUGAAGAUUUUCUAAAAUGUCUGGAACAGCUUAACGAACUAUCGAGAAAAGUUACGGAUCAGAAUGGAAAACAACUUUUAUUUGCAGUAAAAAAAGGAACGGAUUCAACAGUAUUAUGGAAAGGAACAGUAAAAAUUGCAUGCAUUAAAUUAGAUUCUGAAACUAAAGUAAUUGAAAGUCAUAGAUUGUUUAAUUUAAAUCAGUUUUUAAAAAUUUUUAAAACUUUGGAAUGUCAACUGACAGCUGCUUUACACAGUUCGGAAAAAGAAAAAAUUGAUGAUCCAAAUGGAGUAAUGUUGAAAAAUAACUUGUCCAAGUCAGUAAGUUCUUCAGAUUCUUCUUGUGACUCUAGUCCUUUAAAAUCAGGAUCGGAUGACUCUAGCUCCGAUAGCGGUAAUAAUUCUGGAAAUGUUGUACCUGACAGUGUGAUUCCACUCGAUGUAAAUAGUACAAAACCUAAAAAUAUUAAAUUGAAAAAUGUGCAAUAUAAAAAAUUUACAGCUUCUAUGCUUCUUGAAGAAGUUGAUAAUUUAGCAAACAGUAUUUCCGAUAAGUUAGGAGAAUGCAGUAUAUGUUUAGAAAGAAAAUCUGAUGUUUUACUUCCCUGUGCUCAUGCUUAUUGCAUGCAAUGUAUCGAACAAUGGAAUACAUGGCAUAAAACUUGUCCAUUCUGCAGAGAAACAUUGAAUAACAUUGAUGACACAUGGGUCAUAUCAGAUAUUCCGGGAUCUCGAGAAAUCAGCGAUGAAAUUUGUUCUGCACUUAUGGAUAUAACAUCGUUAAAAUAA